AUGUCCAGAAUAGGAGGCAGCAUCGCCAGUGACUCGGGGAGCAGCAGCCUGUCAGAUAUUUACCAGGCCACAGAGAGUGAGCUGGGAGAUGUAGACCUGUCUGGACUCCCAGAGGCUGCGGUGGACAGCGAGGAGGAGGAGGAAGAAGAUGAGGACCUGGAGAGAGCUUCAGACACUCUUCUGGGCCGAGAUCUUGUCCGAGAGUGUCUGGAAAAAGACCCGGCAGACCGCAAUGACGACGACAUCGAGCAACUACUGGAGUUCAUGCACCAGCUGCCUGCCUUUGCUAACAUGACCAUGUCUGUGCGGAGGGACUUGUGUAGCGUCAUGGUAUUUGAGGUGGUGGAGCAGACUGGCACGGUCAUACUGCAUGACAAACAAGAGCUGGACCUCUGGUAUGUCAUUCUGAACGGGGCAGUGGAGAUCAGCCACCGAGAAGGAAGAUCAGAGACUCUUUGUAUGGGCAACAGUUUCGGGAUCUCACCCUCACUGGACAAACAGUACAUGCACGGAGAAGUUCGCACCAAGGGGGACGACUGCCAGUUUGUCUGCAUCGCCCAGGAAGACUAUUGGCGCAUCCUCAACCAUGUGGAGAAGAACACACACAAGGUGGAGGAGGAGGGGGAGAUCGUUAUGGUGAAGGAGCAUCGAGAGCUUGACCGCAGCGGGACCAGGAAGGGACAUAUUGUCAUCAAGGGAACCCCGGAGCGUCUGAUCAUGCACUUGGUGGAGGAACCUCUUUUCAUCUUCAGCUCUGCUGCUAAACAGGAUCUAAUCCUGUACAGAUCGAACGGGGCAAAAGUAACAAGAAUAGUGCUGCUGUGGGUCAACAACCACUUCAAUGACUUUGAGGGUGACCCAGCUAUGACGCGCUUCCUGGAGGACUUUGAGAAACAUCUGGAAGCCACAAAAAUGAAGGGCCACUUGCGACUGCUGAACAUAGCGUGUGCAGCCAAGGCUAAGUGGAGACAGAUCACUCUCCAGAAGGCGUCCAGGGAGUCCCCGCUCUACUUCAGUGUGCAGGGCGGCAGCGAGAGAGGGUUCGGCAUCUUUGUGGAGUCGGUGGAGGAAGAGAGCAAGGCUGCGGAGGCCGGACUCAAACGUGGAGAUCAGAUCAUGGAGAUCAAUGGUCAGAACUUUGAGAACAUCUCCUUCUCCAAAGCUGUUGACAUCCUGAGAAAUAACACACACCUCUCUCUCACAGUCAAAACCAACAUAUUUGUCUUCAAAGAGCUCCUGAGCAGGAUCAUGCAUGAGAAGAAGAACGGCGGCCCUCACAUUCCUAAGAUCCAGGAGAAAAAAGGCAAUCGCCUCUCCAUCCCUGACCUCCCUGGAGACAUGGAGUUCCCCACAGACCACAAGAGUAGCAGAAAAAUGAAAGCCAACACUGUGUCUGGAGGACGGGGCCUGUUUGGUGAUGGUGGCAUGGGUCACUCUCAGGACGACAGCAUCGUGGGUACCAAGCAGGCUCGUCACAGCGUGGCCAUCAUGCCCAUCCCCUGCAACCUGUCGUCCAGCAGCCCUGACCUACUGCAGCCGGCCACCAGCAUCCUGGACUUCUCCAACCCCGCAGACAUCCCAGACCAGGUGAUUCGGGUGUUCAAGGCCGACCAGCAGAGCUGUUACAUCAUCAUCAGUAAGGACACUACAGCCAAGGAUGUGGUCACACACACAGUCAAUGAAUUUGGCCUCCUCGCAGCACCCGAGACCUACUCCCUGUGUGAGGUGUCAGUUAGCUCAGAGGGGGUUAUAAAACAGCGCCGUCUGCCCGACCAGCUCUCCAAACUAGCUGAUCGGAUUCAGCUCAAUGGCAGAUACUACCUGAAGAACAACAUGGAGACGGAGACGCUGUGUUCAGACGAGGACGCCCAGGACCUCCUGAGAGAGAGUCAGAUCUCUCUGCUGCAGCUCAGCACCAUGGAGGUUGCUGCCCAGCUUUCCAUGAGAGACUUCGAGCUCUUCAGGAACAUUGAGUCCACGGAGUAUGUGGACGACUUGUUUAAGCUGGAUCCCUCCUCAGGAAGUAGCAAUCUAAAGCAGUUUGAGGAGGUGAUAAACCAGGAGACCUUCUGGGUCGCCACAGAGAUCUUGAAGGAGCCCAACGCCCUGAAGAGGAUGAAAACCAUCAAACACUUCAUCAAGAUUGCCCUGCACUGCAGAGAGUGCAAGAACUUUAACUCCAUGUUCGCUAUUAUCAGCGGUCUGAACUUGGCACCAGUGGCUCGGCUGCGCAGCUCAUGGGAAAAAUUGCCCAGUAAAUACGAGAAGCUGUUUGUGGACCUGCAGGACAUCUUCGACCCGUCCAGGAACAUGGCCAAGUACCGCAAUGUCCUGAGCAGCCAGAGCAUGCAGCCACCCAUCAUCCCACUUUUCCCAGUGAUCAAGAAGGACCUCACCUUCUUACAUGAAGGUAAUGACUCCAGGGUCGACGGCCUUGUGAACUUUGAGAAGCUGAGGAUGAUCGCCAAGGAGAUCAGACAUGUAGUGCGGAUGACCUCGGCCAACAUGGACCCCGCCCUCAUGUUCAGACAGAGGAAGAAGAGGUGGAAGAGUUUAGGGUCACUGAGUCAGGGCAGUACAAACUCCAACAUGCUGGAUGUGCAGGGAGGCGCCCAUAAGAAGCGCGUACGUCGCAGCUCGCUUCUCAAUGCUAAGAAGCUGUAUGAGGAUGCUCAGAUGGCCAGAAAGGUGAAGCAGUACCUGUCUAACCUGACAGUGGAGACAGACGAGGAGAAGCACCAAAUCAUGUCCCUGCAGUGUGAGCCGGCUUACAGCACCUUGUCAAAGAACCUGAGUGAGAGAAGAUCCACCAAGUCAGACAUGUCUCCGGUGUCUUUGCGCACGGCUCUGCCCUCAGGAAAAACACAAAACCGGGUGUCACAAGUCCUUCAGGUCCAGGUCCCACUAAACCCUCUACGAAAGAAGAGCACUGCCAAGGACAUCGGUACACCUAACUGUAAUUCUCCCCAGGUCGUGAAGAAGCCUCCAGGGAACUCAUCGGAGGAGUGGAGCAUCAAGAGACCGUCUGAUGACACAGCCUCCAUCAUCUCCUCCCUUCACUCCAGCCCCACGGUGUCUCCGCAGGGCUCUCCACGCAAAGUGGGAGGUGUGGCCAAGUCCCAGAACUCAAGCCAGAUGAACUUGUCGGGAUCUUUGUCAUCACUGACCAGUGACGCCAGCACAAAGGCUGGCACUGUCAGCCUGCGCAGCUACGGCAUAGGUGGGGCUCUCCUCCACAAGAGAUUCCUACUGUUGACCAGACAGCACAGCCAAGAGGGUAGCAGGAAGAGAGAGGAUCAGACAGUGGAGGGGGAGAAAGGAAGUGAAAUGGAAAAGGAAAACGAGGAGAUGGCACAGGAGGGGAGACGGGCGAUUCAGAGAGGGUUGUUUCCUUCAGAGCAAAGGAGAGUGAGAUCCAGGCAGCAAAGCAACCAGGGUGCACAGACAGAUGCAGAGCUGAUGCCACUAAGGGUCAGAGCAGGAAGCCCUUCACCGGAGUGGACAGGGACGCAUGGGAGGCAUCCCAUUAACCACACCAGGUUGCCUCCCAGUCAAACAGGGUCAGGACCCAUGACCGCCUGCCUUCGUUCUCAGCCCCAUUUAAUGACACCCAAACCCCCAGAGUCCCCCAUCAGGACGAGGCUGAUGUCGCCAUUCAGGGUACUGAGGGAAAGGAGUCAAUCGAGGGAGAGGCACGUGGCAGUCAGGCCACACAUGAAUGAUAGAGAGGGGACAGGGAAGGAUGUGCCCUCCUCACCACAGGAUGAGAGACAAGGACAGGCAGAGCAGAGAGCCAGGAGGUCGGUCAGUCCCAACCCCUUCCUUUGGCUCUGCAGGGACAGACACACCAGGAGAAAGACUGUCUGACAGAGAUCACUGGUUGACCCAGCUAUUUUUGAUUACAUUCGUUGAGAAUCCAUCGCAAGAGAUUAUUAUUGAGGCGAUGGCACCACGGUUCAUUUUUGAAAUACAUUACUAAAACUUAGGCAAUGAGUUUCAGAUCCACCAUAAACAUUCAAAGCGGAUCUUGCCCUUAGACAGUAAACGACAAAACGUUGCAGUGUUCCCUUUCCAACAUUUCUUUUUCUGUACAAUUCUGUAAAGUGCUGUAAUGUCAGUGAACCAGUUG